CUUGCAAACUGAGUGUAUCCGUACACUAUUCUCCUACCGUUUUACCGUUCCCGCACUGCUGGAGAAGACACGGUAGAAGCCCACUAGGUUCCGAUCGCAUUGGCGCUCCUUCAGCAGCUGCAUUAGGUUUGCCUUGUCUUGCAGAAGACUGGCCGGUGACAGACAGUCCUCAUCAAGUUCGAAGGGUCACACACUUUCUCUUCCGGUGAGGUGAGCCUGUGUAUCGUCCUGACGAAUAUCCCGUCUACUUGAGGCAUGAUAACGCGGUCACGAUCAAUGAUUCUGUCAUACGACUGGAUCCUUUUGUUUCUGCCUCAGCUACUUUUGCAUGCACUCUGUUACCAUCAUGUUGACUCUGAGGUUGUGUGGGCCGUGAACUGUGGAGGUCCGCCUCACGUGGAUGUGCAUGGUAUCGAAUACAUGGCCGACCCACUGCUCAAGGGUAGUUCAUCUGACUAUGGUCGGUCGUUUACAAUCGUUGGGGCUCCGAUGCAGGAUCAGAUUUUAUAUCAAACAGAGCGAUACGACACUUCCGAUUUUUCAUACACCGUACCCUAUCCUGCGGAUGGAGAAUACGUACUUACUCUUAAGUUUUCGGAGGUAUGGUUUUCCGAUAUUGCUCAAAAGAUUUUCGAUGUCCAGCUGAACAACGCAUUGACUAUCAUUAAAGACUUAGAUAUUUUUUCUGAAGUCGGCUUUGCCACAGCACUGGACAAGCAUAUACCCUUCAAAAUUUCCAACGGAGUGUUGUAUCUGGAUGAUGGUCUCUCAGUCUCCGUCGACAAAGGCUCGUUCAGCUUGGACUUUAUCAAAGCAAACCGUGAUAAUCCGAAAAUUAAUGCGAUAAUUUUGACGAAGGGCCCUCUGUCGUCUGUACCGCAACUGCCCCCAGUGAGCCGUCCACGCGAGCAAGUGCGUCCGGUUGACACUGUUGAACACGACUCGGAUCCAAAAAGACACAGGCGGCCACCUGGCCUACCGCGUGCACCGGAUCCUUACGAAUCCACAGAAUACUCGUACUUGAUCCUACCUAUUUUGGGUACUUUAGCUGCUUCUUUACCGAUUGUGUUUUGUCUGUGUAAAGUUUGA